ACUUUUGAGCAUGGAGUGACUUGCAUAGCAAUGAGACAAAAUUACUACCGUACUAGUAUCGAGGAGCCUGUUUUGGGGAACUUCUAGCUCCCAUUCCCAUAGUACCCAAAAAUAAUUAUCGGAAAUGAAGUGGGAAGCGGGAGACAGAAGGCAAGCUUAUUAAAAGCGCCCAAAUUUCUCUUUCUUCAUUGUAACCUAAGGGACAAGUCAACAACGGGAAGGAAAGAAAAGUUCUCAAUAAUGUAUUUAUUUUAAGAGCGGCGAUGGAAUACAGCAUUGCGCAGUCCACAAAAGUAUGAGAGCUGAUACGCCAAAAUCCAGUUGAUCACUAGAUAAUAGAAAUUACAGAAAAUCCCAACUCGCUGCUCCCAUCUGGCGGUGGUCUUCAUUUUUUACAAUCUAAAAUGGAAGUAAAUGGAUUCCUUCUGGAGAUGGUCUGCGCAAUCCGCAGGAUUUGACAAUUUGAUGCCAUAUAAUCAGGAUAUUGCUGUGGUAUCCACCUUUGGCAUGGGCAACCUUUUGCAAACCUGGAGGAGAAUUUCUGGAAAUAGAGGAACAACGUUCAAACCUUCCUUACUAAGAAGAUCCAAGGUGUGAGAAGAAGCGGGCUAGCUGCUUUAGCCUAGCAGACAUGCCUUUUGGGCUGAAAUUACGAAGGACUCGACGCUAUAAUGUCCGGAGCAAGAACAGUUUCAUGACCCGGAUUCAACUGUUGGAGAACAACCUGAUUGAGUGCACAUUGUCUGUGGAGAGCACUGGGCAAGAAUGCUUGGAGGCCGUAGGUCAGAAGCUGGAAUUACCAGAGACACACUAUUUUGGCCUUUGGUUUCACAACAAGAGCCAGCAAGUGCGAUGGGUAGAACUGGAGAAACCUUUGAAAAAGCAGCUGGACAAAUUUGCCAGCCAAUCUUUGCUAUUCUUUGGGGUCAUGUUUUAUGUACCCAGCGUUGCCCUCCUGCAGCACGAAGUCACAAGGUACCAGUAUUAUCUUCAAGUAAAAAAAGAUGUUAUUGAUGGACGAUUGCGAUCUUCCUUUGAACAAGGGAUAAGGUUGGCUGCACUGGCCGUUCAAGCUACAUUGGCAGCUCAAGUUGGCUUUGGAGAUUACCCUCAUUUUGAUUCUCGGGAUCUCCGGCGGUAUGUUUUGUUUCCUGUGGAUUUGGUUCAAAAUGAAGCCAUUUUGGAAGAAUUGAUUCAGAAGGUAGUCCAGGAACACAGAAAUCAUAGCAACCUUUCUGCAGCAGAAGCAGAAUUGCUUUACAUCAGGGAAGUGGAACGACUAGAUGGAUUUGGGCAGGACAGUUUUCCUGUGAAGGACAAUCAAGGAAAUGACUUUCAUCUUGGAAUUUUCUGCAUGGGGAUUUUUCUAAAGAACCCAAUGGGAAGAUCCACAGUGAACUACAGGUGGAAUGAUAUUGGAAACAUAACACACAACAAGUCUUCAAUUGUUGUAGAAUUGGUUAACAAAGAAGAAACUGUACUGUUUCAUACGGAUGACCUUGAAAAUGCCAAGUACAUUUCACGGCUCUUUGCUGCGAAGCACAAGUUUUACAAACAAAACAAAAUCUGCACAGAACAAUCAAAUUCUCCUCCCCCUAUCAGACGGCGGCCCACAUGGAGCAGAUCAUCUUUGCCAAGGCAACACACCUUUAUUAUGCCUCCUGUGCAUGUCCAAUGUGGAGAACAUUACACUGAAACUCACAAUUCACAAGAUAGCAUUUUUCAUGGAAAUGAAGACAUGUUUUACUAUAGAUCUCAGACUAGCUUGGACAGAUGUGCAAUGGACUUCAGCUAUUUGAACGGCAGUGUCCCAAAUGGCAGUGUGUGCAGUGCCCAAAGUAUGAACUCUCUCAACCAUUCGCAGAACUUCGUUCAAGCUUCUCCGGUGUCCUCCAACCUCAGUAUCCCUGGAAGUGACAUUAUGAGAGCAGAUUACAUACCAAGCCAUAGACACAGUGCAAUAAUUGUCCCUUCAUAUAGGCCAACCCCAGAUUAUGACACUGUAAUGAGGCAAAUGAAGAGAGGAGUGAUUCACACUGAUAGCCAAAGCCAGUCUUUGAGGAACCUCAACAUUGGGAACACUCAUGUUUACAGCCAACCCACAGAUCUUGUAUACAGUCAACCAGAAAUUCAGGAGAGACCUUCUUAUACCAUUGCAUAUGGGCCUCAAGGCACUUAUAAAAAACACAUGACUCAUUCUGAGCAAGUGAAUCCCAUGAAUGCUUUGCAGGCAAAACCGACAUCUAGUGCCAUUUCUCAUACAGUUAGCACUCCAGAGCUGGCCAAUAUGCAGCUCCCCAACAAUCAAAGAUGUGGCCCUGCACAAGUACUGAAGAACUAUCUUUUUAGGCCACCACCACCCUAUCCGCGUCCACGUCCUGCUACCAGUACACCUGAUCUAGCAAGUCACCGCCACAAGUAUGUCACUGGCAGUAGUCCUGAUCUGGUCCCUCGGAAAGUGCAGCUUUCAGUGAAGACUUUCCAAGAGGACAGCGCUCCUGUCGUCCACCAGUCACUACAGGAAGUUAGUGAACCUCUGAUGGCAGCCAAACAUCAUGCAGCCAUCAACAAACGCCACAGUUUGGAAGUGAUCAGUAAUAUGGUACGUGGAAUGGAAGCGAUGGCUUUAAAAAGCCUAAAUGCUCCCUUGCCACGCAGAAAUACCCUACGCAAUGAGAUGCAGCCAGAGGAAGUGGUGCAAAGGGGGCAUGAGGUUCAGCAGCUCCCUCACUACCAUCACAAAAAGACCUUCUCGGAUGCUACAAUGCUGAUCCACAGCAGUGAAAGUGAAGAUGAGGAAGAAGCAUCAGAAUCUGUGCCUUCCAUGGCAGCCCUACAUGAAAACAUGGAGUAUAGCGUUCAAUUGCAAGCUGCCUUGGCUCGAAUACCUAACAAACCUCCUCCUGAGUAUCCAGGUCCCAGGAAAAGUGUUAGCAAUGGAGCUCUGCGGAAUGACCAGAUAAAUAACGUUCCGCGGGCUGUGUCUCGAGUCAAGGUGGCAAGGCCGGGACCAGCGAGGACAAUUAGCAUAUCUCGGACUGAUCAGAACAUGAUGAAUGGCUCUUCCCUUGGUCCAUCAAUCUCUGAGCCAGACCUCACAAGUGUCAAGGAACGGGUCAAGAAAGAGCCAGUGAAGGAGAGGCCUGUGUCUGAAAUGUUCUCCAUUGAAGAUAGUAUCAUAGAAAGGGAAAUGAGGUAUCUAGAGAAACAGAAGAUGGCAGGCCUGGAAGCCCAGAAGAGGCCCUUGAUGUUGGCAGCACUCAAUGGACUCUCAGUUGCUCGAGUUCCAGUGCCUGAGGAUAGCCAAGAUGAAGGAGCCAAGGUGCCAAUGGAUGAGCGGGAAAGAGGAAGAACCAAAAGCCAUCGUUAUUGGCCCAUACUUGGCUCAAAACAUAGCUCAGCCACUUAUGGAAAAUUCAAAGUGACCACCAAAUUCCGGACUGUUUCUGGUUGCUAUGCUACAACAGGCCUGAAGGUCAAGCACCUAGGUGAAGCACAGGAGAAGACUGUGUGGCAUUUACAUUACACCAACUGGCCAGAUCAUACUUGUCCAGGAGAGCAAGACUUCCUAUCCUAUUUGGAAGAGAUCCAAUCGGUGCGCCGUCACACAAACAGCAUUCUGGACAGCAGUAAUAAUUGCAACCCUCCAAUUGUUGUGCACUGUAGUGCUGGAGUAGGGAGGACAGGUGUGGUUAUUUUGACAGAGCUUAUGAUUGGCUGCUUGGAACACAAUGAGAAAGUAGAUGUUCCAGUGAUGCUUCAACAUCUGAGGGAACAGAGAAUGUUCAUGAUCCAAACUAUCGCACAGUAUAAAUUUGUCUACCAAGUCCUCAUCUUAUUUCUACAAAAUUCCAGGCUCAUUUAACAUCUUCAAAAGAGAGACAGCAUCUUUUUCACUCACUUAUUUAGACAGCCUUUUUGGUUUGGCUGAGAAUCACCCUACUACAAAGCUUCUUGCUUUGCGGUAUUUUGUGACACCUGAUCAAAAUUGCUUCAAUGAUAAGGACACUUUGUUCUUCUUGCAGAUGAUUUUAUAUGAGAUAAUUUAUUUUUUUAAAAUGAUGUGUGAACUUUCUUAAUUGGUGGAAUGUGGGGUAACCUUAAAAUGACAGAACCACAUUGGACACAUCUCUUCAUUGUAAUCUGUCUUUAGGAUGGGAAAUAAUCCUAUCUGGAGAUGUUCUCUUGACCAUUGCAUUUCUAUAUGACAUGCAAGGCAGCUUUGCUAUUUUAUUGUAUUCUAUUUUAUUUUUGUGAAAAGAAUAUUUAGCAAUCUGUUUUCAGAGCUGUGCACAUAGAAGAAAAACCAGCUUAAAGUAGUAUUUGACUUUUGUUCAAAUUUAAAAGCAGAUAUAUGUCUAUAAUAUUAUUGAAAAGGAACAAGCUUUUGCCAUCAAUGAUACAUGCAGUGCCUUACAGAAUAGCAGUGGGAUUUCCAAUAAGCUCAAGAUUUCAAGGGUUGAGUACUAAGCAAGUAUGAUUAUACUGGUAGUACCUUGAUGAUGGAUAGUAGCAAUAUUUAAAGCUAUAAAAUAGCUGGAAUAGCUGGAAAGAGAUCCAUUCUAAGAAGUUUUUAAGGGUCUAAGCAAGAUCUAAUCAAUCCUAAAUCCUACAGUUGAUGCUGUAUCUUGAGUCUAGAAAUUGCCCUGCAGGUGAUGUGAAAUACCCAGAUCAGGGGCAUAUUUCAAGUCAGAUUAUUCCUUGAAUCACACAGAGUAAAUCUGAAGAUUUUUUCUAUUGGUUGCCAUAUAUGCUGAUAGUGGCAGAGUUCCCCUUUAUGUGACCUCCUGUCUGUUCUCUCUCCUUCUAAGGGAGAGGUAUAUAUUGAGCAUGGUUGUGUAGCUCUUUUUAGAAAUCUUACUAAUAUACAAACAGUUUUUAAGGUUAAUUUUGGCUUAAACCAAUAACUACCUGUAGCCUAGGACAGCAGGUAUAAGGACAUGAGAGUUCAAAGUGUUUUAAAAACAUCGAUUUAAAUGAAUAGGAAAUUCUAACUGUUACUGAUUUAGUAUUGUUUGCAAAAGAGAAUGUUCUAGUGGUUUGGGUAUGUGCGGUAAGUGUCUUCAGGCUCUAAAAAUCCCUGUACAGUUUGUGUCUGCAGGCUCUGUUGUGUGGCUGCAAUGCAUUACGUGGAUUCACAAAUAAUUUGUAAUCAUCUCCACAUAACAUAAUAAUUAUGUUAAAGUAGACUUUUUUAUUGCCCCUAAAAAAUCAGGUGACAGACAGAUUGUCAACAUAGACAAAAUCUAUGUUGUCGCUAGGAAUUGACAGUGACUUGAUGGUACAUUAUCAUUGAUCCAUUUAUCUCAGCAGUGUCCACUCUGAUUUGCCAUCGCUCUCCAAGGUCCUGAUUCAAAUUAUUUCCCCCCCCCCUCCCACUGAACAAUAUGAUUUGCACAUCAAAACAUCCAUCUGACAUUGAGUUAUUAUAAUUAGUUUUAAUAUUGCUUUUAUACAUCAUAAUCCUGUGUUGCUUUUAAAAACACUUAUGAUUCUGUUCCCCCCCCCCAUUUCUAAAUUAGACAACAGUAUUAAAGCUGAUACGCUUCGAUGGGUUACAGCCUUUUUUUUAAAGUAAUCUUUAU